AAAAAAAAAAAAAAAAAAAAAAUAUGCAGUUUCACGUCACCCGAAAAUGGUCUGGGUUUCAAAAAUAAUGUUUUUUUUUUUUGGGAGUGAGGAUAAAGGAGCAAGGGAAGAGUCAAAAAUAGAGAGGUUGUAGAAUCAGCAAGAUCUGCAAGCAUUGAGUCAUAGACAAAGGGCCAUGGUGUAAAGAAAGAAAACGGGAAGCAAUAUAUUUUUAAUCAAAAUGCAAUAAAAUUUUAAACAGGCGACACAAUUAAAAAAAAAGAGUUCAGAAAUUAGCUCAUAUCCCCCGUUUUCCCCUUUUUUCAUUCCCUUUCUCCAUCAGUUUUUUUGUAAUUGUUCAAUGAAUACAAGAAAGGAAUCACCUUUUUAUGAGUAUGAGCUGCUAGAACAAGUGGGAGACGGCUCUUUUGGCUCAGUACAUAAAGCAAGAAGAAGCAAAACAAACGAACUCGUGGCUAUCAAAAUUAUGAAGAAAAAGUUUAACAGUUAUUCAGAGUGUACCUCACAGAAAGAGUACAAGACCUUGAAAAAAAUGUCCAGUCAUCCGAAUAUUGUUCAAUUAUAUGAAACUUUUCUUAGUCCAUCAACAAAGGAGUUUUAUUUUAUUAUGGAAUAUAUGGAUGGCGGUAAUCUAUAUCAGUUUAUUAAUGACCACAAAGAAGCAAAUCAAAUCAUCCAACCCAAGGAGAUCAAAUCUAUUUUAUUUCAGAUUUUAUCAGCUUUAAAUCAUAUUCAUCAUGUCGAAUCUAUAUUUCAUAGAGACAUGAAGCCAGAAAAUUUGCUAAUUACACAAAACCUUGUAGUAAAAUUAGCUGAUUUCGGUUUGGCUACUGACAUCAAAAAAUUAACUCGUCCUUGUACUGAUUAUGUGAGCACAAGAUGGUAUAGAGCACCAGAAGUCUUGCUGAAAUCUUCAAAUUAUUCAUAUCCAAUCGAUCUAUGGGCUGUGGGUGCUAUUUUUGCUGAAUUAGUCACUUUGAAUCCUCUCUUUCCAGGUCAAUCUGAAAUUGAUCAGUUAUUUAGAAUUUGUAAAGUACUCGGUACCCCAUCUACAACUGCAAAGAAGACUUAUUCUAUUCUACAACCAAACUUUAUUAAUUCAAAAUCAAACACAAACCCUUUAACUCCCGUCACUUCCUAUAUUGGUAUUGGUGGUGAAUGGAAAGACGGUGUCAAACUAGCCCAUAAAAUGGGUUUUGAAUUUCCGAAGAUUUUCCCUAAAAUAGAUUCAUUAUCUAUGGUGUUACAGCCAAAUUCUAUUUCAUCUGAAGGUAUUGAUUUACUAUCCAAAUUAUUACAAUUUGAUCCAUGUAAAAGAAUUACUUCAUCCAAUGCAUUAUCACAUCCAUUCUUCAUGCCUUCACUCGCCAUCAAUACCACACCUGUUUCUUUUGAUUUACCCACUAUACCUCUAUCCCCAUUUCAACUCUUGGAAGAAGAAUAUUCUCAAUGGGAUCUACUGACUCAACCUUCUCUGACUCGCACCACAAGUUUUCCAAAUAUCUUGCUCGAGUCGUCGUAUGAAGACCCUUCCAUCAAACGAUCCAUUUCAGAUCUAUCCAUACCAAAUCUCCCUCAACCACCCUCAGCCAUCAAAAAGACGACACAUAGACUAAGUCUUUGGGCAAAGAAACAUAUCAUCGUUUAAAAUUUUAAUAAAUAAAUAAAAAAGCAUUUUGAGUUAUUCCCUGUAAA